AUGGCGAAUCGUCAGGUAGAAGAGACUGCGGAAUGUGUCAAAAAGAAAAAGAGGGGGUACCAAGAAAGUUAUUUAGAGUUUGGUUUCAUAGAAGCAAUGGAUAAAAUUAAAGCUGAAUGUGUCUUUUGUCAUGAGAAACUAGCCAACGAAAGUUUGAAGCCCUGCAAGCUGAAGCGACACCAGACAACUAAACAUCCCGAGACGGUGGGUAAACCGAAAGAGUUUUUUCUCAGAAAACGAGAGCUUGUUGUCACUAACAGGCCCCAAAACAUCAAGGACCGUUUCUUUAGGGCUGGCAGCGACCAGAGGCAAGCAACGAUUGCAUCUCUUGAGUGCUCUCUCCUAAUUGCCAAAGCCAAAAAGCCGCACAGCAUCGGCGAGACACUGAUUAAACCUGCUUGCAUUAAAAUGGCUGAUAUACUGUGUGGACCACAGGUGGCUAACAAAUUUAAGACUGUACCACUGUCUGACAACACAGUGAAAGACAGAAUCGACAGAAUGGCAGGAAACGUUGAGUGCACACUCGUCGAAAAACUCAAGACCGGCCCGUUUUCAAUCCAGCUGGAUGAAACCACCACUGUGGCGGAGGAAGCAAUCCUCAUUCUUUAUGUACAGUACACUGAGGAAAGUGAGCUUAAACAAGAUACUCUUAUGUCUGUCAAUCUCACAUCCACCACAAGAGGAGAGGAUAUAUUCAGUGUAGUUGACACAUACUUCACAAGCCACAACAUUCCCUAUGAAAAUAUAGUUGCAUGCUGCACAGAUGGAGCCCCGUCAAUGAUGGGGGAAAAUAAGGGCUUCAACAGCCGUUUGAAAGAGAAGGCACCGCACUGCUUAGUGUUUCACUGUAUGAUACACAGACACGCACUGGCAGGCAAACACCUCUGCGAAGACCUGAAUGAAACCUUAAAGACUGUGGUCAAAAUAGUAAACUUUAUAAAAGCUCGUCCGGUCAACAAAAGAAUCUUUGCACAGCUGUGUGAGGAUGAGAUGCAUCAGACACUCCUCCUUCAUACCGAAGUCUGCUGGCUUUCUCGUGGGAAAGUGUUGAUGCGAUUCAUGGAACUUAAACAACAAAUACAGGAAUUCUUAGCUGUGCACAACACGAAAUUAGCGGACGAAAUGACAGUCGAGUUUCUCAUCAAGACUGCGUAUCUUGCGGAGAUAUUCAGUCUGUACAAUGAGGCAAACAAAUGUAUGCAGGCCGUGGACGCCACCGUCAUGGAGUGCAAAGAGACAGUGGAUGCGUUUUUGCGCAAAGUGGAGUACAGACGGAAUAAAUUGGGAAAGGGGGACCUGCGACAGUUUCCCUUGGUACUACAACAAUCAGGGGGGAAGCUACCUGAUGCGUUGGCCAGACAAUUCACCUGCCACAUGGAUCAGCUUCAAGAGGAGAUGCGCUCGCAUUUUUUGGAUAUUAAUGAACAUAUCUCAAAAGACACAUGGGUGAUGGACCCAUUUCUCGCUAAAGAGGAAGAUGUGGAGCACCUCCAGGCUGAGGAUGAGCUCGUGGAUAUAAAGUCCAAUUCUCUCUGCAAGCGGUUCUAUGAUGAGCAUGGAUACAAGUGGUUUUGGUUGGUAAAGGGAGCAGUAGUCGCUCCCAGGCUUGCUCAUCAUGCGAUCACCAGACUCAUCUUGCCUUUUGCCACAACGUACCUGUCAGAGACUGCUUUCAGCACGCUGGUCACCAUCAAAACAAAGGCACGCAACAGACUGGAUGUGCACAGUGACUUUCAUUUGGCUGUUACCAACGUCACUCCAGACAUCCCAGCACUGGCUCAGGAAAUACAGUGUCAAGGCUCUCAUUAA